GGGGGCCUCGCAGGCCCCGCUCCGCCCGCAGAGUCCGAUGGCGGCGGCCGCGCCGAGGCGCCCGGCGGAGGACAUGGACUUUGAGGACGUGGCCAUUGCCUUCUCCCAGGAGGAGUGGGGGCUCCUGGAUGAGGCUCAGAGACUUCUGUACUGCGAGGUGAUGCUGGAAGUGUUUGCACUCGUGGCAUCCGUAGGUUGUGGGCAUAAGACGGAAGAUGGCGAGACCCCUUCUGAGCAGAGUGUGUCUGUAGAAGGACAGUCACAGGUCAGGGCGUCUGAGACGGCUCCAGCAGCCCAGAGGACCCGCCCCUGUGAGCGCUGUGUCCCAGCCUUGAAAGCUGUUCUGCGCCUGACUGAGUGCCAAGCAGCCAACCUUGAGCAGAGAGCCUUCUCCAGUGAAGCACGUGUGAGAGGCUGCUGUUUCCCUGCAAACCCUCACCGGCAGCAGAGGGAAGCCGGUGCCGAGGAGCCCUGGGAAGAGGCCGUGGACAGGCCCUCGCGUGUGACCCGGUGCAGCUUCUGCGUAUCAGGGCCACCUUCCGCCCGUGGGAAGGUUGGGGAGGGCUUCCCGGCCACCUCAGGCCUUCAUCAGCACCAGGCCCCUUGUGAUACUGAAGAGCCACACGAUGGUAGUGAGAGCGGGCAGGCCUUUCCCAGUGGAGAAAAUCGUCUCCAUUCAGGUGAAUGUGAAAAAGCUGCCAGCCCACACCAGAACCUUGUUCAACGUCAAAGCGACUGUUCUAGAAGAGGGCUUCACGAGAGCAGCCAGUGUCAAAAAGCCUUUAGACACAUCUUUAACCUUCAGCACAGAAGGGUUCACACCGAAGAAAAGUCUCAGGAGUGUAGGGGUUAUGGGAAGUCCUUCAGCAACAACUCUGACCUCCCUGAACACCAGACAGAGCGCACUGAAGAGGAGCCGUAUGAGUGCAGUACUUGUGGGAAAUGCUUUAGACAGCGCACGAACCUUAUUCAACACCAAAGACUUCACUCUGGAAAAAAUGCUUUUGAGUGCGGUGAAUGUAGGAAGUCUUUUCGCUUCAAAUGUUACCUCCUCAUACACCAGAGAAUUCACACUGGAGAAAAGCCUUAUGAGUGUAGGGAUUGUGGGAAGUCCUUUAGCCAAAGCUCUGCCCUUUUUAAACACCAGAAAAUUCACACUGGUGAAAAGCCAUAUGAGUGUAGUGAUUGUGGGAGAUGCUUUACCUACAAAUGUAUCCUCGUUAAUCACCAGAAAAUCCACACUGGAGAAAAGCCAUAUGAGUGCAGUAAGUGUAGCAAAUCGUUCAGACGACGCUCCCACCUUAUUCAGCACCUUCGCGUUCAUUCUGAAGCAGAGCCGUAUGAAUGGGGUGAAUCUGGGAAGUCCUUCAGCGAUACCUCCAGCUUCCUUCAACACAGUAGAAAAAUACCUUAUGGGUGUAGUGAAUGUGGGAAAUAUUUUAGCUGCAAAUCUGACCUCCUUAGACACCAGAGAGUUCACACUGGAGAAAAGCCAUAUGAGUGUAGUGAUUGUGGGAAGUACUUUAGAGAAAGCUCUGCCCUCAUUAAACACCAGAGAGUUCACACUGGAGAAAAGCCAUACGAGUGUAGUCACUGUGGGAACUCUUUCAGCCAAAGCUCUAACCUCGUUAAACACCAGAGGGUUCACACUGGAGAAAAACCUUACGAGUGUAGUGAUUGUGGGAAGUCCUUCCACCAACGCUCUGCCCUCACUCAACACCAGAGAGUUCAUACUGGAGAAAAGCCGUAUGAGUGUAGUGAUUGUGGGAGAUGCUUUAGCAACAAAUGUAUCCUCAUUAAUCACCAGAGAGUUCACACUGGAGAAAAGCCGUACGAGUGUAGUACGUGUAGAAAACCAUUCAGACAACACUCCCACCUUAUUCAACACCUCCGCGUUCAUUCUGAAGAGAAGCCUUAUGAGUGUGGCAAGUGUGUGAAGUCUUUCAGCAGUACCUCCAGCUUCCUUCAACACCUGAGUGUGCACUCUACAGAAAGGCCUUAUCAGUGUAGUGAAUGUGGGAAAUCUUUUAGCUACAAAUGUCACUUCAUUAGGCAUCUGAGAGUUCACACUAGAGAAAAGCCUUGAGUGUCAAUUUUGUAAUAAGUCCUUCAUCCGAAGCACUAGACUCAUUGAACACCAGAGAGUACACACUGCAGAGCAGCUGCAUAUGUGCAGUGUUUGUGGGAAAGGUUUUAGGUGGAAAUCUGACCUCGCUCUUCACCAGAGCAUUCGUACUGGGGAAAGGCCAUAUGAAGGGGGUGAAUGUGGGAAAUUCUUUAGAGAACACCCCUGCCUUGUUUGACACUACCGAGUUCAUUUGGCAGAAAAUGCUGAGUGUGGCAAAUGUUUUAACUAGAGGUCGGGCUUCCCUCAACACCAGGGAGUUCACACUGGAGAAAAGACCUUAUGAGUGUAGUGUAUGUGGGAGAUAUUUUUGCUGCAAAUCCCACCUCUUUAAACACCAGAGGGCUCAGAGUGGAGAAAAUCCUUAAAUGUGCUGAGGAUGUUAUAUUUCCUCACUCAGUGGAGCAACACUGGAGGAAACUUUGAGAACUCUUCAUCUGAAUUUAAACAUUUUUUAGUGGAACAUACAAUGUGUUGGAUUUCUCAACAGUUUCAGGGGAUCCAGCCAGCCACCUGGGCAUGUGCCCUGACCUCCGAGGUCAGAUUUCUACCUGGUGCACAGGUCAAUGCUUAACCACUGAGACACUGGCUGGGCACUAGUGCGCCUUUAAUGAGCUGCAUUGCACUCUCUAAGCUGCCCAGGGCUAAUACCGGAUUGAUGUCAAUUUUUGUGGCUAAAGAUUUCAAAGAGGAAGGAGGAGGGAGAUAGAAACAUCAGUGAUGAGAGAGAAUCUUGUAUCGGCUGCCUCCUGCACACCCCCUACUGGGGAUCGAGCCUGCAACUGGGGCAUGUGCCCUUGACUGGGAUUGAACCCAGGACCCUUCAGUUCACAGGCCGAUGCUCUGUCCACUGAACAACACUGGCCAGGGCCCUCUGUUAUUUCUGCUUGACAGCAUCCUCAUUCCUUUCACUCCGACUAGAGAAUGGACCCAAACCAGCCGACAAGCGUUACUUGUGUGGCUUUUAUUAGAUGGUGUGUGUUUAAGUCUAUUGACCUAUGUGUAGCACUCACCUCUGUGCUCACUGAAAGAUGGCUUAUUAAAGUGUUAAUGUUUUAUAUA